GUUUCAGUGUGUUUUCUAAUAUUUAGAAUUAUCAAAAUAAUUGCGAAUGGAUAGAAAAGAUAGAAGUUGGCUUUUUGGAGCAAAGAAAAAAAUUGAUUAUAUGAUAAAAGAAGGUGGAAAGAGCUGUAUAUACUACAAACCUCAAGAAAAAUUACCACCUAGAUUGCAGUUUCGUGGUAUUUCUGUUGCUGCUCGUGUAGUUGGUCAUGGAAUACGAAACUUUACAAAAAAAACUACUGGAAAAGACCUUGCAUGCUUAAGAGACAGCAAAAGAAGGCAAAGUAUUUUGGACAAACUUUCAGAUUUCCACUUAGCAGUGACUGAUAAAAAUGCAAAAUACAAUUUAUUGACAUUAGCUUGUAGUCAUAGCUCAAAUUUUACAACCUCAUUGUCACCGGAGGAACUUGUUCAUUUAAAUACAGACUAUGAUAAUGACUUUGGAAAAAAUAAUCUGCAUGACUUAAUAGCUCAAUAUCAUAAAAAGUGCCUCGGGAAUGAGGUGGAGAAUGAUAAAUAUAUUGUAAAACAUUCAAAACACAGAAUAAUGAAGCGUAAGGCUAGUCCUUCUGUUGAAGAAGACCAAAUCAAGCUGAAAUCCUCAACAUGUUUGUGUGAUUCACCAAUAAGUAAAGAGAAGAGAGGGAAAGGAAGUUUUUUAAAUUGUUGGGAGCAUAAGGGUAUUUCAGAGGCAGACUUGGCAAGUUAUUAUUUGGAAAAUGCUUGUCACUUUAAUGCAGCAGAAAAAAUGGGAAAGUUGAAUUUUGGAGAUAAAGUUGGUUGGCAAGAAUUCCUGAAAAAGGAAAACUGCUUAGUUUUCAGAAAAAAGCUCCACAGUGGUUUAUAUGAAUACAGAGUUCAAGCAAGUUUCUUCGAUAUAUCUGCCAAUCAUCUCUUCACAACACAGCUGGACUGUGAGUACAGAAAGCAAUGGGAUGAGUAUGUCAUUGAUUUGCGUGUAGCUGAUUCUCACAAAGAAACGAAUUCUGAGCUGAUUCAUUGGGUGACAAAAUGUCCAUAUCCAUUUGCAACACGUGAAUACGUCUACCUGAGAAGAAACAAGGUUGAUUUAACAAACAGGGCAUUGAUUUUAUAUCAGCAAGCCACAGAUGAAACAAAUAUUCAUCAGGAAAAAGGUGUUCACAGAGUCGACACCUAUGUGUCGAAAAUUAUUAUAAAACCGCACAAUGAUGAUUUUGACAAUGAAGGAUGUGAUUUCCUUUUGACAUAUUACGAUGAUCCGAAGAUGAUGCUUCCUACUAGGAUAAUCGAUAUGGCAGCGUCCAAAGGUAUCAGCGAUUCCAUUGAAAGAAUGCAUCAAGCAGCUUUGGGUUUAAAGAAUACCUCCCAAACAUAAUGAGAGGUAAAGAAGAAACCAGACGAGUAAGGAUCUCAUCGCAAGCCAUUCCAAACAUUAUACACAAACGAUUAAGAUAUGUGAUUAUACAUAGACAAUAAAGUUUAGUGGGAGCAUAAUGGAGCGUGCAUGGUGCGAUGCAAAUAUUUAUUUUUAUUAUUGUAAUUUUAGUGUGGUGUUUUUCUUUAAUAUCAAAUAUAUGUUUAAAACAUAUAUAUUUUACAUAAUUUAUAAAGUGGUUUACAAUUUUUGCUAAAGUUUUUCACUUUGGUAAACACUUUGCGUACAAUUUGUCUGUUUAUUUUGUUAAAAAUUCCCAGAUUUAGAGUGCAGUCAAUAUCAAGAACAUGGCAGUACCGAUAGUUAGUGUAUUGGUUUUUUCAAGUAAUUAAAAAUUUUUAAACGUUUUUUUGCUAUUAAACAGUAGUUAAAAUUUCUACCUAAUGGUACAAAUUUUUCGCGGAUUGUAGAAAUUAAAUUUCGCGGUAUUAAUGUUCGCGAAUAUGGCUUGUUUGCAUUUAAGAUAUUUAUGCAGCUACGCUUUUAACGAACCGUUUUAUACUUCGUGUAAAAGUAAAAGUUUUAAAUAACUUUUCGCGAUUUUAUGCGGUUAACAUCCCUAAAUUUUUUCUUGGAGUUA